GACACACUUUUAUUUUUUGCUAACCAACAACACUGAUACAUUUUUUUUUCAAAAAAUAAAUAAAUUCUAGUGAUUCCCUGUGCAGACUGUGCAUUGUAAUCCUCACAGCCUGGCCUAAAAAACUAUAGUUACGGGUUGGAGGGUGAUCUGAAUCCUGGUUGUGUGUGUGUGUUACACUUGUCCAACUACAGUAGUUUAACCCACUCUAGCAGCUGUGGGACUCUAACAGCCACACACACAUGGCUGUUAAGAGUGGGACAGACAAGUUGGACAAGUGUUACCUGGAAGAUUGGCUUUUGUUGGCAGAAUCACUGGCCUUUGCCUAACUUAAGGAAAUGACCACAGAUUCCUUCUAGAAGGGGACAUGUCCUCAUUUCGCCUCCCUGUGGGGGAUGAUGUCAUCCAGCUGUUUCUGUGUGAACUGAGACUGCAGUUUGGGUGGGUGGCAGGGGUGAACAUACUGAAGAGGCAUAGAGACUCAGGGGGCAGUUAUUUGCUCUCUGUAAGAAAGACAUUUGGAUGCACAUUGUACCCCUGCAGUUCUCACCACUGGGAAUUUGGGGUAUGUCUGUGUAGCAACAGUCUAAAAAUAUUAUUUCACCAAUGAAUUGGCCCUGUUUGGCCCUAAAAGGUUUCCCUAAAUAAUACUAUUUUUGCAUCCAUUCCGCUAAUCUCCCUUGGCAGCAACUUGACUUUUGAGUAAUUUCUGUGAUUCAUAGCCAGCAAUGAGUUUCGGUUGAGAAAACAUUGAUGUGAAAGUGGAGCUUCCAAAUUCCUUUAUGAUAGUGGCAAUGUUCUUUCUCUUUUCUGACAGUGCGACAGCAACAUGUUAUUCCUAAUACAAAUGGCUUUGUUUUCUCUAAGCACAUACUUUCAAUUCCAGUUCAUUAACGUCAAAAAAAUAUGCAAGAAACAAUUACAUAGAAGGCAAUGAUUUUUUCUUCUUCUUUUGGUCAGGACCAAAGAGGACAGCUGAAUGUUAAGAAAGUCAAGGGUUUCUUUUCUUGGCAUAAUCUACAGUGUUUUCAGAGCUGUAUAUUUUAAGAGCUUCCCUUUAGGAUGGCUGCAUAAAUUGGUGUGUUUGUUAUUACCAUAUGCAAAUUAUGCUUUUCCAUCCACACAAAGCACAGUAACAAAGGUUGCCCUUGGGGUGUCUAGCCUCACUGAAGAGCUGCAGUUACAAAUAAAAUAAAAUCAUAAUAUUGGUACACUUCACACUGCAGUUUCCAAGUCUGACAGAUUCUCAGUGUGAUAAAUCUGGAGCUGCUUGCUGUACUUGGUAUGCUGAAAAUAGAUAUAUGACUGCAGUUUCACAUUAUGCUGCUGUAAGGUCAACCGUUCUAGUACAAAAAAUACUUUCAUGAAAUCAGGGGGGGAAAUCACCUUUAACAAUGACACUAGGACAAAGAUAGAUUUUACCUUUAAAACUUUUUUUGUCUAAACAGAUGAGUAAUUUGAAACAUAAACUUACAAUUAAUGAGGACAGACAAAAUAUGAACACUAAAAACUGAUAUCAAAACUACUGAUCUAACCCAGAGAAGUCCUUAAUUAGAGGGGAGAAGCAGAAUAUUUCUUUUCCCCACCCUAUGAUUUAUUGUGGAAAACCACAUACUCCGUUCCAGUGUGGCCAAGCCACCCCCCCACCCCCCGCUGUAGUGUAAAUGUGUUUCAUUGGCUCCUGUCCUGACCUCUCUGUGGUGUUACAGUAGCACAGUAGGAUUCUGUACUGUACAGGUUUCACAGCGGAACUCCUUGUGAUGCUGCUGCAACAGUGGUUAGUUUCCUUGUUGUAUCCAGUUGUAACAGUUCAGGAGCGGAAUGUCUAUAAACUCUCAUAAAGAAAGAAUUAUCUUCUGUAAGUUGACUUUAAACAUUUAUGAGCGUCACGUGAUGUCAGAAGCUUGCAUUUACACAAGUCAAAUAAUAUACAGUAGUAGUAUUCUCCUCCAUGAGUGAAGCUACUGUAAGAUGUCCUGCUACAGUAUUCCUUAGAAAGAAAGCCCUUUAUAUUCCCCGUCCCAGGGAUCUAAUGUCAGUUCUUCCAUGUACUCUGGAAAUCAGAGGCAUAGCUCAUUUAUUCACCUAUGCUCUGGUGCCUAUCCUCAGAUGCACUGUCCUCAUAGUGCCCCAAUUAUGAGGAUUGUUCCUCUCUGCUGUUGCCAAUUUCAUGGCACCCCUAUUUGGUAUUCAGUCUGUGCUGCAGCAAAUAUCAGACAACCUUCAGUUUCUAUAUGGACCCAGGGAAUUCAGCAUAGGGUAUUUUGUUCUUUAUGAAUAAAAGUGAGCUGAGAAGUUUGUUUUACAGUACUGUAUAGCACUUCCUCACUGGAGAAGUCUGCUGUGCACUACAACAGUCUGAUAUAAACCAGUUCCUGCCAUCUAGUGGUCAAAAAACAAAAAUUCAUACAGUAAACCUUUUUUCUGAUGGAAAAUAAAAUAAUUUUCAAACAUCUAAAAGUUAUCCAGUGACAAUUAUAUUCUUAAAAAUGGUUCUGAGUGCUAUAUAACCAACUGAACUAAAUCUAGUAGGAUGUAAUUUGUGCCAAAAUAAUUUGGCACCUUUAAAACAAAAUCAAGUGUAGUCUGCAGAUUGAGGUUUCAAAUGAAUUUGUUUCCAUUAUUUCUACAUCUCAUACCUGGCUGUUAUCUUACAAGACAGCAGGCUGUUAAAAACACUUCUUGUUACUGUAAAAGGCACCUAUGUUUAUACCUAAACUAUGGAACCCUUAAUCUUAUUAGGCUUUUCGUAUGAUGAAUAGUGAUACCUCAAGCUUUACUCAGAAGUAAGUCUGCCUGAACUCAAUGUGUUUAUUCUUUGGUUAACUGUGUUUAGGAUAGCAGCUGCUUGCUUCAGUCUCCUAAUUUAAUGUCACGUUAUAAAAAUAAUAAUGAAAGCCUUAAAGAAUAGGUAGUGUAUCCCAGUCAACAAACAAACCCAGUCAAAGGGGACUGAUUCAGCCUUUGUCUCCAUCACUACUACAGAUUGCCUGGAAGGUUGCAUUUGGAGAGCAGUUUUCACCCUAACCCCUUUUAGAGCCAAACUAUUGGCUUCUUCCUUCUGCCUCACGGGCUCUCCUGCAAAAAUCGAAUAGGCUGCUGGACCAGGCCAGGGGCCAAUUUAGCAUUCUCUUUUCAGAGUAUUCAAUCAAACGCCCGUGGGAAACUGGGAAGCAGGACCCAAGCACAAGAGCACUCCCUCAUCCUGGAGGGGAGCAACUGGUAUUCAGAAGCAAAGCUGCCUCCCAAUGUGGAGACAGAGCAUAUCCAUCAUGGCUAGCAGUCAUUAAUAGCCUCCUCCUCCUCCAUGAAUUGGUCUAGUUUUCUCUUCUGCAGCGAUGGGGUGAUGGAUCCAAUAGGUUUCCAGACGGCUCUGCAAAAUCCUUUUUGAGAUGAGGCGACACAGCAUUCCAAGUGCACCAUAGAAUACCAGCGCACCUCUACCCUGUGCGUGUUUACUCGAGAGUAAGCCCAACUGAGUUCAAUAGGCCUUACUCCCCAAUAAGCGCUCACAAAAGACUGCAGCCUUUGGAACUUAUAAACAGCACUGAGAAUAAAGAUCGAAGGGCGCAAGAAGGAGGUUUACAGCUGGCUCUGUUUUCCGCGCAACAGACACCCGCAACCAACGAGGAAGGAGGAGCCGUCCUGCCGGAAUGACCCUGAACCACAGAGAGAGAAAGUUACCCACCAUCGCUAGCUAACCUUUGCAUUACACUGAGCCGGUUUCCCCCUCUGAAUUCCAAGGCAAAGUACUAUAGAGUUUCCACCUUGGAGAUAUCAGAAGCCUAGAGCGCCGCUGCUCUGCAUCGGCGGACCCUCUCCAUCCCUGACAGAAGUUCACGCAGAGUAUCACUCUACUAUUUCUAUCGCUCCGCCUCGGCUCUAGUCCCCGCCUUUCCCUUGGGAAACUCCCCAAUCAGAAAAGAGUUUGUUUUCCCAUCGGCUCCUUGGGUCGGGACCAUAGAGAUAGGAACGAAUACCUAGAAGUCGAUGAGCGGCAAUACACGAAGGACCCGCCGUUAAGGUGAAAGGUCGGCAGGAAGAGCCGCUCGCAGACUAGCGGAAGUGUUUUCGUCACUUCCGUGCUUUUUCUUUUUAGAGCUUUGGCGGGCACACGUGCUGCCUGCGAGUAAUUUUUUUGUUGCCGCAGCCGCCCUUAGGUUGGUCUGGUUGCUAUGGUGAGUGGAAAUGUGUCUCUGUCGCGCGUGAGCUGAGCCGCGACGUGGGGGAGGUUGGCAGCUCGCGAGUCCCAGGCGAGUCUGCGGACGGGAGGCGAGGGAGAACGAGAGGAGGGUCGUUCCUUGGGAGGGGGGGCAGGGUCGCUGGGACGGGCACGUGCUUGGCAUUCAGAGGUCCAGUCCUUGGCAUGCCCCGCUUGGGGGGGGGGGCUGGACGAGGAGGUUGUACAGUGGUACCUCGGGUUACAGACGCUUCAGGUUACAGACUCUGCUAACCCGGAAAUAGUACCUCGACUUAAGAACUUUGCUUCAGGAUGAGAACAAAAAUAGUGCGGCGGCAGCGGGAGGCCCCAUUAGCUAAAGUGGUAGCUCAGGUUAAGAACAGUUUCAGGUUAAGAACGGACCUCCAGAACGAAUUAAGUUCUUAACCCAAGGUACCACUGUAAGAUGAACUCGCAAACAAUAUAAAAGAUAUAAUCGUAUUUUAAAUAUAAUAUAGACAAUUCAUUCUACAAUCCUAAAAAGUGAAACAGUCCUGAAAAUGUGAUGGCACUUACUGUACGUCGCAAGCCCCCCGCGAUGAUGCUCCUUUUCCUGUCCCGCGCAGAGUCUGCCUCUCAAUCCCAAGCCCUUCCUAAACGGGCUGACUGGGAAGCCAGUGAUGGUGAAGCUGAAGUGGGGUAUGGAAUACAAAGGCUACCUCGUCUCCGUCGAUGGCUACAUGAACAUGCAGGUAAGCAAGGUUGGCUGGCGGGGAGCUUGCACGAUCGCUCUUUAAUUAACGUGCACGGUUGCUUUAAAUAUUAGAUGCUCUUUGAGCAUUUUUGAACAAGGUUGGAAACUUGUAGUGAUGUAAUUCAAGGUGACAAUUCACAGCAAAGAUAGCUUUAAAAAAGAAUUUUUCCUAGCACUGGACACAAAGCAUCCCCCUGUAGCAUAAAAAGUUUACAGAAAAACGGUUAAACGGCUUCUUGGUGUGUGCACAGAAAAUCCAGUCAAGAGUGUGCCUUUGUCUGGGGAGGCUAUUUUGUAGCCCCUAUGCCAUUUGGACAUUUUAAGGUACAGCAUUUAGUAGCUGCUGCAGCAGGGAGAAAACACUCACUGAUGUGUCAUGCCUGUGUAUUAAAAAAGAACCACAACCCAGCAUUGUAGAAUAUGUGGUCCUGAAAUGCAGAACGCAGUGGGAAACACAAAUUGUCACGUUGAUGACAUUGAAGGAAUUUUCAACGUCGAUGUUGUAAGUCAUGAUGUUCAGUGUUAUUCUAAGUACUCUUCAUGUCACCCAGUGCUAAAUGCUAUAUCUAACUGAAGCCUGAGAGUGUCUGGUCCAAGGUCACCCAGUGAGCUUCAUGGCCGAGUGAGGAUUUGAACCCAGGGGCCUAGUGUGGCAUUCUGACCAUGCUAGCUCACAGGCAGUAUAAAAUAUCAGUAUACUCUCCUUUAACAUAGAAACAGCAGUAUAAAAUGCAGGUGUAAAUUCUUACUUAAAAGGAAAGAGAAUUUCUUGUACACAGUUUCACCUCAAACUCAAAACUAUGUACUGCUUCCCCCCAUUUUCGAGCCUUCUCACUGUUUUUGUCUACUGUCAUUGUCAGCAAGGGAUUUUUAUUCACUUGUCUACUGCUAACUCAGGGUGGAUUGGUUUGAAAUAAAGAUGAUUUAAUCAGGCUGAUUAUCUGAAUAAAGAGUGCAUACCAACAGUGCAAUACUAUGCAUAUCUACUCUGAAGUUCAAUGGGGCUUACUCCCAGGUAAGUGUGUAUAAUGAUUGCAGCUUAAUUGUUUGAUAGAACGUUAGUGGGGUGGGACCACUGCUCAGCGGUACAGCUUCUGUUAGGCAUGUAGAAAGUCUGCGGUUCAGUUCCUGGCAUCUUCAAUAAAAUGGAUCUUGGGUAGAAGUUAAUGGGAAAAAGCAGCUGUUCAAUGUAGAUAAUAUUAGGCUGGAUCAACAAAAGCUUCGAUGGUAAGGUGAUUUUAUAUAGAUUUCAAACUUUAAUAAACAAGCCUUUAUUCUACCUAGGAGUAUAAUCUGACAUUUCUAAUCAUGCAGAUCUUAUUACUUUGCAUUACAUCAUUUUGUAUAUGAAAGGACAAAUUCUGAAAUCUGGUUUUCUAUGCAUGUGCAAGGAUUUUUCAAGAUUAGGAGUCUUAUUUUGAAAAACAGUGACCAUUUUGCCCAUAACUAUAACUCUAAACUAGAUUGCUGCCUUAACUUCAAUGAAGUAAAGCAGACAAAACUAAUUUUGCCUAUGUUGUUUCAUAGCUAUUACAUUUGACAGCAACCACACUUUCCCCAUAGCCUUUGACUUUAAAUCAUUGUGUGAUAGUUUUUAGAAUUUAAUUGUAAAAAUUUGUCAUGUUUGUGUUAAAUUUCGGUUUCGCUUAAAAGCAGACAGGCCAUUUUAAAAAAGUGACCUUUCAUAUAACUUUAAUUGGUUUACCUUUAAGAUGUUUUUAUUUAACACUGCUGCAACCUCUACUCUCUUCCUCUAUAGAAGUCAUUAUACUAGUCUGUAUUUAGAAGCUUUGUUUACUUUUACUUGUUCUUCAGCUCACUUCUCUCAUUUCUGUACCUUUAUAUAUAUUGCUUGGUCAAAAGAGAGAAUGGCCUCCCACAUUGAUUGGGUACUAGGGAAAGCAGGUUAGUAUUCCAGUUCUAUGUAUUUUAUGCAGAAGUAAGUCCUACUGAAUUCUGAAGGGCUUACUUUCAGAUAAACAUUGCGGCCACACAGGACUGGGCUGCCCAAAUAACAGAGGAACAAAGGGAAGACCUAAUGUAUUGUGCUAAUUUCAGCAAUAAAUAUGGACUUCAAAGGGAUACUUUAUUGCAUCUCAAACUGUUCAGUGUAGUUCUAGCUAUUUACAAUAGAUGCUCGCUGUCUGGGCAAGCAGUUGGCUGUACAUCUGUCUGCAAAUCUAUAUUUAGGCUUUUGGUGCUUCUCCUUGAGCUUUUCCAACCCAGCUGGUCAUCAGAAUAACUUGUAACUAUUAAUCUCCUUCCAAAUCUGUUUUCUUUUUGUGCUCAUAUUUUUAGAUUGUAAGCUUGAGCACACAGAUUGCCUCAUUUCAGUUAUCUGUAAGUCACUUUCAAAGCCUUUUUUUGGUUGAAGAGUGGGAUAAAAAUGCUUUAAAUAGAUAAAAAUACAAAGUGCUGGAUUUGCAAGUAACAAGAACCAUAGCUCAAUUAUUUGGAUUCUAUAGCUGUCACUCUGCAAAGUUUGUGAAAACAAGAGGCUGUCCUUAAACAGUGCUAUAUAUAAAAAGAAUUAAGAAAAGAUAAUUUAGGAUAUCAGGGAAAGAUGAAAAUAACUUGUAAGGAACUGCAGAAAGAGGGGGAGGGAAUUCAAGGCUUGAAAUGUUAAAAUUAUUGUUGAACGACUUGUGAAAUGUUUUUCUUUUUGUUAUAAUCUAAAAUUAUAAAAAACAACAGUGCUAUAUUCAUGACUUAAAGAGAACUAUUAACACAGAGUAGGAUUAAGGCAUGCUUUUUUGUUUGCUGAAGGGAUUCUGAUCCAGUGGAAGCAAAUAUUUAAUGUUUGAAUUUAUAUUAGAUGUAAGAAAGUCUUGUGGAAAACCUCUAUUGGUAUAGGAACAUAUGCUAUCCUUUGUAGCUUUUUUUCCUUAUAAAAUUGUGUCAAUUUUUUUUUUAAGCUUGCAAAUACAGAAGAAUAUAUUGAUGGUGCAUUAUCUGGACACCUUGGUGAAGUUCUGAUAAGGUAACUAACAUUACAAUUAACGGUAUUUACAUGCUGUGUCUGCGCACACACACAUGUGCAUGUUAAAAUCCAUUAAUUAGAAUAUUAAAAUAUUGAUACCAGAAAUUUAUACUACUUAAAAUGCAACAUGAAGCAGACUAACUUUGGUGAGAAGAAAUUAUUUCAGGUGUUCUCUGAAAUCUGUGCCAUCUUUCUGGUGAUGGAAGGAAUCUCAGUGGAAGAGGGGAGGGGCAAUUUUUAGCAAUUACUGUAUUUUCCCCGUCUAUAAGACAAGGUUUUUUACCCAAUUUUAAAGGUUUGAAAACGUGGGUCGUCUUAUCCAUGGAAUGUAGCAAAUAAAUAAAUACAGUACUAGCAGUCACAGAUCCUGGCAGUGGCAAGCCACGGGGCCUCCAUAGUCUGCUUGCCUCCUCCCACUCUGCGCGCCCUACAGAUGGGAGGGAGGCUGUAGGCAGUCCGUUUUUGCUGUGUGCCAUCUUCGCAUGGCUCCAUUUGUGUGUGGGCAGCGCAAUGUUACACAGGAGGAACACGGCGAUUGAAGUAAGAUCCCCACCUCUGCGCCUUUCACAUCAGCGAAACAUUGCGCAGGAAAGGUGCUGCCGCUCAAGUUGGACGCAGCGUUUGAAGAUCUCUCCCCCCCCCAUGCGCCUUUCUUGCGAGGCAUUCUUAGUCUGCUUGCCUCCUCCCACUCUGCCUGCCCUACAGCUGUGGGGGAGGCUGCGUGCAAUCUGUUUUUUCUGCAUGGCGUCUUACACAGAAGGAGCACAAGGUGCGAUGUUUCACUGAUGUGAAAGGCGCAGGGGGGCAGUAUUACAUCAAUCGCCGCACUCCUCCUGUCUAACGUUGCGCCGCCUGCACACAAAUGGAGCCGCGCAAAAACACUGCACAAAAACGGACUGCCCACAGCUUCCCUCCCGGCUGUAGGGCAAGCAGAGUGGGAGGAGGCAAGCAGAAUAUGGAGGCCCCGCGAGAUAGGUGAAAAGUGCUAAAAGUAAUUGGGAGGGGGAAUUCACCACUCUUCCAUCCCCCCCAAGAAAGCUCAGCUUCCCCCCACCAAAGCUCAGUGAUUGCUGGCAAGGGAACAGCCGAUAGGUGGCAUGUUAGAUGUGCGUGGGGCUGUUAGCCUCUGGGGAUCCUCCCCCCCCCCCAAAAAAAUUCAACAAGUCAGGGCAAUUUCCCCCAUUUUCUUAAUUUAGAGUCCCCCCCAAGUAGGGGGCAUCCUACAUGAGGGCGUCCAAUACACGGAAAAAUAUGGUAUUCAGAUUGCUGCACCUCCUCUCAGUAUGUUGCAGGGGGUUUCCUGUCUCACUGACAGUGUAAUUGUGAUGGGUGAGAUGGCAGAGAGCACUGAAAAUUGUCUCAGUUCCCUGUACCAAUGGAUUACUUCUGUCAGUAGAAAGACAGUACAAUGGUCCCUUGGUUUAAGAACAGCUUAGUUUAUGAACAACUUGGAUUAAGAACACUGCAGAGCCGGAACUAGGUGUUUGGGUUUGUGAACUUUGCCUUGGAAGCAAAACAUGUUCCGCUUCCUGUUAAGUGUGUUCCAUUUGUAAAUUGAGUCCCCUGCUGCUAUGGGAAAGCACGCCUUGGUUUAAGAAUGCUUUGGUUUAAGAAUGGACUUCCAGAACAGAUUAAGUUCAUAAACCAAGGUACCACUGUACUGAAUACUACCUGUAUAUAGAGUUGCUUUAUUAUUUCUUUCUUAUGCAACUGAAAGAGAAGCAUUUGUGUAAUAGUAAACCUAUAAAGUUUAGUAUUUAAGCCUACGCCAAUGAUAGCAAUUGGAAAAGAAAUUGUAACAAGAUGUAUGCAAUGAACAAAGGUAAUUUUUUAUUUAUUACCAAUUAAUUGAACAUAGCAGCAAACAUAGAAUACUUCAAAAUAACUUGGUAUAUGAAAUAGAGGGGAUAUGUAACUGGCUUUAGAAAACAAUCUUCUAAACUCAUGUGGAUCACAGCAAAACUAAGUAACUUUUGGUUUGAUUUGCAGGUGCAAUAAUGUCCUUUAUAUAAGGGGUGUGGAAGAAGAAGAAGAAGAUGGAGAAAUGAGAGAAUAAUUAUUUUGGGGGGAAAGUUGUUGUUUUUUGACUGUGCUAAGAAAUUUAGUUGUCCAGUUUUGUUUGCUUGCUUUUUUUGUCAAGUUUUGUCAAGUAACAUUUUUUAUGGCCAAACAAUAAACAUUGUCAUUGAAGAAAAAUUACCACUAUGGAAGAAAAAUAAACAUACUAUUUCCGACAGUUCUUAAUGGAUAAUUAUAUUAUAGUCAAACAAAUAUGUAUUUUAAAAGGAAACUGGAUCAAACAUCUGUCACAGUUUACCUACUAUAACUCUGCUAAACAGAGCUAGAAUCAAGAUCUAGUGCUAUUCCAAAAAGAGAUGUCAUGAAACAAGAAGAAUUCAACAGAAAUAGUAAUCAUCUUCACUUUUUGUAGUUAAAUCUACAACUUGUACCCCUUUUUGUUUAGCUUCUGGCGGCUGGGAGCGGAAAACCAGUUUUCUUCCCACCUAAAAUGAAGACAGAAAAUAUAAACCUACUUUGUUAAAUCAGCAUGAAAGUUUUUCUUCGUAAACUUUUUUCUAUAAUACAGAUUCUAGAUUCUUUUUAACAUGCACACUAUCACCAUGUUGCAGUAUGCCCCUAACCAUUUUUACUCAGUAUUGGGUACUACUGAGUUCAGUAAGAUUUACAGCCUAAGAUAUAUUUUUAAGCACUCCUACUAACCCUUGUCUUUGGUACUGCAAUUGCUCUUUCCAGAGCAUGCUUCAGCCGUUCUUCCUGGAUUCUCUUCAGUUCUUUCAAUUUAUCUUCACGAACUCUUUUAAGAAUCAGAGAGAGAUUUUAGGAAUUAGAGGACGUUAGUAUAUUGUGAGAGGGAAGUGUCCACAUCUUCUCCCUCCAGUGAUGCAGCCUUGAAUUGUGCCUAUGCUUGUAAAAUUCAGCAUUACUGUGGUAACAAAAAUGAGGGAGCUAGAGACAGUUCUGUUCACAGAAUUUCUAAGGGAUAAACUAGUUGCAACACCGUUCGCACUGUGAGCAAUUGGUGAAUUGAUUAAAAGUGGCUGAUCCACUUCAAUUCUUUCCCUCCUGCUCCAGCCUUAGUCUGAAUUGUUGCACUAGUGUCUGCUAUUUGAAUUGAGAGGAAAGCACUGGCAAUAACUGUAUUGCUAGAAAUAGCAAGCCCCAGGGACCGGGCCUGGAUUGACACCUCCAUGUCUGCUAUUUACCCAGAUCCUACGUAAUUGCUAAAUUAUGUGAAUGAUGUUAUAUGUCUAGUCUGGCCCUAAGAAGGUGGGACAACUAAUAGUCACUUAUAAAAUACUUAUAAUACUAGGGUGGGGAUGUCCAUCUAAACAGAAAUCUUUUUCACUUUGUGAAACUCUAAUGCCUAUAGGCUAAAAACUGGUGACUGUUGUCUCAAAAGUUUGGUCCAGAAGAUAGUGUUGCAAACUCAGAUGUGACUAAGUGAUGGGAAUACAUAACUGGCAUACUUCUUUAAGCACUGGCAUUAAGAUUACCUCUGCCGUCUUUGUUUUGCUCGGAGUUUCUCCAUAGUUUCAACAGUCUCAAGGUAUUCCGGUGGAAGUAUUUCCAACAUCUCACACAGUUCUGAAACUCUGAUUUCUAUUGCUUUCAGCAUUUGAAAGGCGGUCAUGCUAGAUACUUCAAUCGUUCCACAGCAAGCCCUAUACACCUCUGUUAUUUUUUUCUUAAGUGUAUUCAGCGAUUUAUCCUUAAGAUUUAAGAAAGGGAUUUUAUGUAAACCACAGCAAAUGCUUACGUUAUACUAAACAAAAAAAGGUCUACACUGAAACUUUAAAAUAAGAUGAAAUCGCAAGCAAUAUAAAAUAUAUAAUCAUUUUUUAAAUAUAAUAUAGAAAAUUCAUUCUACAGUCCUAAAAAGGGAAACAGUCCUGAAAAUGUGAUGGCACUUAUUCAGCACGUAAGGCAAAACCGUAAGAGAAUUGGCAGAAUAAGGCACACGGAUUGCAAUGUUAAGUCAAUGCAGUGUUGAAUGUCAAGUAGGAUUAAAUCUAAUAAAGGCACAAAUAAAUCU